AUGAUGCGUGGUUUUAAACAGAGAUUGAUAAAGAAGACCACUGGGUCUUCUUCUUCUUCAAACAGUAAAAAGAAGGACAAAGAGAAGGAAAAAGAAAAAGCUUCAACCGCAACGUCGGCAACUAAAAAGCCGACUUCAGCUACUUCUUCUACCCACGGUACCACAAGCAGCACGGGAUCAAAGACUACGACUGACAAGGGCAAGGUGUCAGGUACGGCUCCUGCGCAGGGAAAGCAUCAAGGUAGUUCUACCCCAAAGGCAAAAACAACUGCCACUCCUACUUCCAGCAGCAGCAGCAGCAGUAGGAGCUCAAGCGUCAGUCGCUCCGGUUCAACUUCCACAAAAAAAUCAAGUUCGAGAAAAGGGCAAGAUCAGACCAAACAACCACAGCCUCAGAAGCAAGGGCCUUCUUCAUCUUCUACAUCAUCUUCUACCACUGUGAUAAGUGCUACCCCGGUACUUACUGUCACAAAGGAUGAUAAAAGGGCGUCCGGUGAAAACCAUGCACACCCCACAUUAUUAGGUGCAGCAUCAGCUGUUCCAUCUUCUCCAACUACAAGUGCUACAGGAACAGUGGCUUCCCCACACGUGGAUAACGGUAAUAGCAACAUCAACAACAACAGUAAUACUAGUAGUAGCAAUACUGCAGAUGCAAACCAUUCUUCUUCUCAAAGUAUUGACAUUCCCAGAUCAUCACACUCGUUUGAGAGGCUACCAACGCCAACAAAACUAAAUCCCGAUACGGAUUUAGAAUUGAUCAAGACUCCUCAACGUCACUCUUCAUCAAGAUUCGAGCCCUCUAGGUACACACCGUUGACGAAACUGCCAAAUUUCAAUGAAGUUUCCCCCGAAGAAAGAAUUCCCUUGUUUAUCGCUAAAGUUGAUCAAUGCAAUACCAUGUUUGAUUUUAAUGAUCCUAGUUUCGACAUUCAAGGUAAAGAAAUAAAAAGAAGUACUUUGGAUGAACUAAUAGAAUUUCUUGUGACAAACAGGUUUACCUAUACAAGUGAGAUGUAUGCUCAUGUAGUAAACAUGUUUAAAGUCAAUCUAUUUAGACCUAUUCCACCGCCAGUAAAUCCUGUUGGUGAUAUUUAUGAUCCAGAUGAAGAUGAGCCGGUCAAUGAAUUGGCUUGGCCUCACAUGCAGGCAGUUUAUGAAUUCUUUUUAAGAUUUGUGGAAAGUCCUGACUUUAAUCAUCAAAUUGCUAAACAAUACAUCGACCAAGACUUCAUUUUAAAGCUCCUAGAACUAUUUGAUAGCGAAGACAUUAGAGAAAGAGAUUGCUUGAAAACAACAUUGCACAGGAUAUACGGGAAGUUCUUGUCACUAAGAAGCUUUAUUCGUCGUUCAAUGAACAACAUCUUCUUACAAUUCAUUUAUGAAACUGAAAAAUUCAAUGGUGUAGCAGAGCUGUUAGAAAUAUUGGGUUCAAUCAUUAAUGGGUUUGCUCUACCGCUAAAGGAAGAGCACAAGGUUUUCCUGGUGAGAAUAUUGAUUCCAUUACACAAGGUCCGUUGUUUAUCGUUAUACCACCCACAAUUGGCUUACUGUAUCGUACAAUUCCUCGAAAAAGAUCCUUUAUUAACUGAAGAAGUGGUUAUGGGCUUAUUGCGUUAUUGGCCAAAAAUCAACUCUACAAAAGAAAUUAUGUUUUUGAAUGAAAUUGAAGAUAUAUUUGAAGUAAUCGAACCAUUGGAAUUUAUAAAGGUUGAAGUCCCACUGUUUGUUCAAUUGGCUAAGUGUAUUUCAUCUCCACAUUUCCAAGUGGCAGAAAAAGUUUUAAGUUACUGGAAUAAUGAAUACUUCUUAAAUUUAUGUAUUGAAAAUGCCGAAGUUAUUCUGCCCAUAAUAUUUCCUGCAUUAUAUGAACUGACAUCUCAGUUAGAGUUAGAUACAGCAAACGGUGAAGAUAGCAUUUCAGAUCCUUAUAUGCUUGUUGAACAGGCUAUUAAUUCAGGCUCGUGGAAUAGAGCAAUUCAUGCAAUGGCAUUCAAAGCUCUAAAGAUUUUUUUGGAAACAAAUCCAGUAUUAUACGAAAACUGUAAUGCAUUGUACUUAUCAAGUGCGAAAGAAACUCAACAACGUAAAAUCCAACGUGAAGAAAACUGGAACAAGCUUGAAGAAUAUGUAAGGGGCUUAAAAAUUAACAAUGAAAAGGACCAGUAUGCAGCCAAUGAGAGAAUGAAUCCAGAACUAAGAAAUGACUACAAUAAAGACAAAGAAAAUAACACAUUAAAUGAAGAGAAUGAAAACGAAAGUGACAGCGAAAUACAGUAA